AUGGAACGACAUAGGGAUUUUCUUCUGCCAUCGGAAGAUUUAACUGAGUUUAUCUCCAGAGAACGAGAAGAUUCUCAAAUUGUAAUCGACGAUGCAAGCAAUGCUCGUUUUGGUUUAGUCAAGGCAAAAGGUGGCGAUAAGAGAGGGAUGAUGGAUGAUCAGGUCAAUACUCGAUCAGAUUUUACCAAGAUGAAAGAGGAUAAUAAGGAAAAAAACGAUAGAGAUUAUACAAAUAUCCCUGUUGGCGACUUUCACUCAGAGAGACCUAGAAAAGAAACUGAUGAAGAGCGGGAUAGCAGCAGCAACGAUAAGUCAGUCUUAUUAAAUACGGAUUUCUAUAACUCUCCUCAAUCUACUCUAUCGAAUAAGGUAGAAAGUGAUAUUGAGCAAGAAUGGAAUCAUAGGGAAAGCAUACCUCCUGUAAUAAGUGGUAAUGUGGCUAAAUCUGACAUUACCGAAGCAGAAGGUAUCCAUGGAUCGGAGAGUAGUGAUGAUAGUGAGGAAUCACAACAAUCUCUAAUGGAUCAAGCCAGCCAUAUUCAACUUGAUGUGCUUAAGGGAUCUACAUCGUAUCACCAAGAGCAAUUGAGUAGUGAUGAGGAAACUCUUGACACCUGGUCUAGUAAAGCACACACCUACAUAGCCACAGCGAGUAAUGAAAGAUACUAUAAAGAAUCGAUUAAAGGGUCUAUCCAUGAUUCAGAAUAUUUACAGGAGACGGAAAAUAACUAUCAACUUAAACCUAAUAAGGAAAGGCAAAUGAUGGAAAUGAUUAAGUCAUUCUUCAGCUCAAGUAGAGAACAUAAACGAUAUAAAAUGAGUAGACAUAGAGCAGCUCCUAACCAAUCUGCUGGAUUGUCGAUAGAGAAAGGUAUCAUAAUGAGAUCCUCUCCAACAGGUGGUAAGAGCUCUAAUUCUCACUUGACCGAGAACAUCGGAAACAGGAAGAACAAGAAUAAUAAUCUUAGAUCAGGAAAAAUAAAAAAGAAUCCAGCGAAAUGCCAUUUAUUUCCAGGAAUGAAUCCAGCCAAAGCUGGCUAUCCUAAGGUAUCGAAUAACUGUCAAGUUAAUCAAGAUCAUGAUUUAACCUUGCCUGGAGUACCUGGAUUAAAAUUUCAUCUUCCAGCUCAGUGUAUAGCCGACGAGGCCGUCCUAACCAUGACUGUAUACUAUGCAGAUCCACCUUAUAAUCAAGGUUUACCAAUUCAGAAAGAUGCUGAUGGUAACCACUUUAUCCAGUUAUCACCAAUCGUUCGCCUCGAGCCGGAUGGGUAUCAAUUUACCCCUAAUAGCACAAGGAAAGCUUUACUUCAAGUCCCCGUUCCAUAUAUCAACCAGAUAGUUUCACUUCUUAAGAAAAACAACAACUUUAAUAUCCCAAUAAAAAUCGUUUGUCGAAGCUAUGGAUGUGAGAAGUGGGAACAGCAAGAUGUAGAGUAUGAAUAUAGCCGCGAUAAAAAUGGAUAUUAUUGCCUUACUUUUGCAGUAAGCCAUUUCUCUGACUAUGUCAUCUAUUCCUACGUCAAAUCUACCAUUUAUUUAAUCUCCAAGCAUAUCUUUCCAUCUUGUCAGCAACGAAUUAAUACGUUAGCUUUCCUAUCCGAAAUAGACACAAGUGAUGAUACUGUCCAUAUGAAAUUAAUCUUAGCUAAAAAAGAUGAAGAUGAAACUGCUAUCGUGUCAGGAAUUGAUCAGGCAUUUAUCAGGAUACGUUUAGCUACGACUGGACUUGAAAAUACUAUUCUAGAAAAUGGUCAAUACACAGCUAAAUUUAAGAAACGAGGUUUAGAUUGUCUGGAUACUGAUUUCAAUAAUCAGGCAAUUUCUAUCAAUUGGAAUCGAUAUAGCUAUCAUGCUAUCGAUUACGUUUGCAAGGUUAUCAAUAAAGCAGCUCAUGAUAUAGCUCAAAUCUUUCUAAAGCCUAUAGGCCAGCAGCAAGACACUAAUGCAAAGCCCAACCCAUCAAAGCAGUCUGAUCCAGAAAAGCUACCUGUUCUACCCACUAAAGAUCAUCCAGCAUCACCGGAUGAUCCUAGUCGUUUCUUUUAUGAAAUAGCGUCGCGAAUUCAUCGAGAUUGGACAAAAUUAGCUCCCAAAUUAGACCAUCAUAUCAAUAUUUAUGAAAUUGAAGCUGAUUAUCAAGGUGUAUAUAACAGAGCUAUUGCCGUACUGUAUAAAUGGAAACAAAAUAAUCGUGCAACUACAGAGCGACUUAUACAAGCACUACGACAAAUUAAUCGACAAGAUAUAGCCGAUAUCCUUGCAGAUGCAAUCGCCGAAGAAAAAUCGACUUCAAAUUGA